AUGACGGAGUUGGGCUCUAUAGCCUCUUCGGCGAGCCAAGGUGUCCCUGUCGGAUUUUCAGAGACCGGUCCUCGAAAAGGAGCUCCGAAGAUCUUUCUUAUCAAAAAACCUCCCCCGCAGAAACCUCGCGUCCCAGUCCCAAUUGAAGGCCUUAUAUGGUCUCGCAAACGCCCAUCAAUCUUACAGAAAACCCCGGGAAGCUCUACGCCAAAAUCAGCCUCGUUCUCCGUUUCACGCACUGCUAAUGUGUCGGCAGCGACAGCCACGUCCACAUCCAUUUCACUCCCCUCCCGUAAAAGUGCAGAAGUCGUGGAAAUGGCCGGGGAGGUUAUUGAGCUAGUGAUUGCUCCAGGUAAACAGGCCCGGUCGUCCAACGGUGACCCGAUGGUCGUCAGUGACGAGGAGCCACCGUCGGUAGUUCGCAUUCUACGAUUACCAACCGAAGCGCUUCCAGUCGAUUCCUCCAAUCGACGGCGCAAAACGAAGCCUGAGGGACGUUCGCCCGAACCAUGUUUUGUGUGUCAAGUCAGCACUACCGGACAGCGGUUGGGUAUUCCCACUUGUUUGGAAUGUGACCGAACAUUUUUCCGCAUGUUCGUUGACAUAUUCAACCUUAAACGUUCUUGUUCAUGUCCUGUCUCCGGUGCGGAAACAACUCCAUUGUGCACACAGUGCCGAUUGCGUACUUGCAUGGAAAAAGCCUUGCGUCAGUGGGGUGCUCGACUUUCGCACCGGGCACUCCAGUCUUGGCUUUCGGUGGAUCAGUCUAUGGAUAUCCUGUUCAAAAAUGCCAAAAGCAUUGAUGAUAUAGUACCGCUUCUGGGAAAGUGUGGCUUAUCAAGCUCUCAAAUUCCGACUUUGGACUUUCCUGGAGACGGCACGUCUGUGUCCUCUGAUGACAGCACAAUUCCUAUGGAGGUAACUAAACGCAGGCUUCUCGAUAGCAAUAUUGGGAUUCCGACAGCUAUGCACACGCCUAGUUCUCCAGGUCGCCGACCGCUAGCUUCCUCAUCUGUGUCAAAAUCGAUCAAAGCCAAAAUUGAUUGGCCCAACAGUUCUAACAUAUCCCGCCCACUCCUGCCUAAGCCAUCACUCAAUCCAAACAUCCGUGUGAUUGAGCUCCCACCGAUGCCCAGUUCAUCGCAUACUACUGUUCCAGGACGACCGGUCAAAACCAUCAAACUGGAACCCUCGGAUACCUCGACGGACUCCUGUGCCCAACCCACAUACAUACAAGUGCACAAAGGAAGUACAACUAUCACCCGUGCCAUCUUACCGAAACCCAGCAUCGAUCAACCUCCGUCUCCCGUAUUGUCCACUGAAAUGGACGAAGUACUCGAUUCAGCACCGUUGACAGAGGAGGAAGUGCUUGGUCGCCGUUUAUCGCGAAUAAUCAAACCAGGUUUCAUGCAAGUUUUUUCUAAGCACUUCAAGAGUUUACCAUCCGAACCGCAAUUACUGGACACCGCAUUGGACAAUCGAAGCACACUGUUCCAACUGUUUGAGUUCUUCGAUUGGGAAUGGAACCUACCGAUUGAAGUCCCAUCCUCCGUCCGACAAGCCGUGUGGACCGUAUUUCACGAACAAUUCAAUGAAAGUUUAACUGAUAUGGUUCGAUUUAUCAAACGUGUCCCAGGGUUCCCGAUCCUGAAACCUCAAGAUAGAAUUCUACUCGUGCGCAACAGUGGCUUCGAGCUCGCUUUCUUGGUGCACUAUUUGAACUGGAACACUGAGUUCGUAUGUUGGCACGGUCCGGAGAAUUUCGUCCUUACGUUAGAACAAUUGUGCGCCAUAUUUCCGGCCGGAAUGAAAUUUUUCCACUAUGCGUUUACCAAUACAAAACGCUUGACCAAACUAACUCAGCAAUUGCAACAUUUGGGCUUGUUCGCGGCUCUAAUUAUUCUCGACGAUGAGUUACCCAAUUUAAACGACCGAGACACGGUGAAAGCCUUACGAGAGCGUGUGAUGGACGCAAUUCGAUACAACUUGAAAGUUCGUCAACAGGAUGUAGAAAAGGUGGUCAGUCGAAUCCAGAUUGGCGUGCAAAAAUUGCGUAAAAUGGGAGUCGAACAUCGAAAGGUUUUGGAAAGUUUACGUAGUGACGAUGCAUUUGAAUUCCCCGAUGAUUUGUACGCUGAACUGUUCGAGCUGAUUUCUGACUAA